UUGGGGUUUUGUUUCCCAUUUUGCUUCAUCACCACACAUCUGUGCAGCCCAACUAACUCAAUUUCUGGUUAGCUUAAUUUGUUGAUGCAUUAAAUUCUCAUUACUCUCUCCAAAAAGGAUAUCCAUUCAGUAAGCUCCCAAAAAUGGCAGAUUCACCACAGAGUCCUGAGUCGCCAUUAGAGUCCAUGCAAAAGAAGUGUAAUAAGAGAGCAAGAGAUAGCGGGAGUAGGCACCCGGUGUAUAGGGGUGUGAGAAUGAGAAGCUGGGGAAAAUGGGUGUCUGAAAUUCGACAGCCGCGUAAGAAAUCGCGUAUAUGGCUCGGAACUUAUCCCACUGCAGAAAUGGCUGCUAGAGCUCACGACGUGGCGGCGCUGAGUAUAAAGGGUAACUCAGCAUUUCUUAAUUUUCCUCAACUCAGUGAAUCGUUGCCCCGUCCAGCUUCGCUUUCUCCGCAGGACAUCCAGGCUGCAGCGGCUAAGGCGGCAGCAAUGGAGGAGCUCGGUUCAUUAUCGUCUUCUUCGUGUUCUGGGAGUGUGUCAUCGUCCACUACUAUUGCAGCUACACCAGGGUCAGACGAGCUGGGUGAGAUAAUUGAGUUGCCGAGUUUGGAGGGAACUUAUGACUCGUCCGAGUCUAAUAAUGAACUGGCAGUGGUUGACUCAGCCGAGGGAUGGCUGUUUCCGCCGUGGUGGGCCUCGGAUAAAGAGUUUUUUGAAUAUUAUUUUGAUCAAGUGGCCGUUGGAGGAAGUCUGGUUCCAUGCAAUUUUUAGAGGUGUACCUUGUGCUUUGUUGCUUGUGCAUUCAUAUUGUGUAUAAUUUCACUUCCCAAAUCAUGUGAUUUUAGUACACAUACUGUCUAUAGUAUACAAAUUUACAGUGUUUGCCUGUGGUAUUGUAAGUUUGAAUUUUAACUUAAAAAUUAUUACUUAUAAGUCU